GAUCUAAAGAUUUUCCAGGAUGAUGACAUUACACACUUUUUUUGCCCGUCCCUUUUUCUUGCGCACUUCUGAUUGUGCCUUUGAGUAAAUACGUGAGAGAAUAAGGUAACCGAAGCCCCACCCCGCUGGCUCCGGACUUGCUCUGCACACUGCUAGCAGGAGCACGUGUAGGGAGGCGCAUUGGGUAUCUCCAUCGCCGCGGCUGCGCCGCAGUCGGAGCGCUGUCACUCGAUCGGAGCCCGGCUCCGUCCGCCGCCUGCCUUCGCUUAAUUGCGUCCCCAGAAUAAUCCUUACAUGCAUCGCAUUGUGCGCCACUGCAGUGAAGGGAAAAGCCGCACGCGCGUCGGGGGCAGCAUCACUUCUGACAGCAGGUAGUCUUGCGUGUCUCUUCUCCUCUACUAAGGACUACAGGACCGAUUUGGGGAAUACUUUCGGGAUCAUCACCGGCAAGCGAUAUUGCAGAAGUUUUUCCCCCCCCACUGUUAGUUUGUUUGUUUUAUUUUUUGAACCCCUUCACGUGAGCGAGGAGCUGGCACCUGCUGUUUAAUGAAAGGAUGGGACCCCGUUUGGCUUUUCUCGUCCUCUGCAUAAGCGCCGCCGUCCCGCAGCAAGCCCAGGGGGAGGUGUGCGAGCCGGGCCAAUGCGAGAACGCCGCUGCCUGUCUUUCGGCGCAGGCUGACGAAUCGUUUGCAUCAGCAGAUGGGGAAGAUCCUACUUCAGCAGGUCCAUGCCAACCAAACCCUUGUCACAACGGAGGAGUAUGUGAAAUAAGUGAGACAUACAGAGGAGACACCUUUAUUGGAUAUGUGUGCAACUGUCCACUUGGCUUCAAUGGAGUCCACUGUCAACACAAUGUGAACGAGUGCGAGAGAAGCCCUUGUAAAAAUGGUGGGAUUUGUACGGAUUUGGUUGCCAACUACUCCUGCGAGUGUCCUGGGGAAUACAUGGGAAGGAAUUGUCAAUACAAAUGCUCUGGCCCGCUUGGAAUGGAAGGAGGGGUCAUCUCUAACCAGCAGAUCACAGCAUCAUCUACGCACCGAGCCCUCUUUGGCCUGCAGAAGUGGUACCCGUACUUUGCCAGGCUCAAUAAGAAGGGCUUGGUGAACGCCUGGAGUGCGGCAGAGAACGACAGAUGGCCCUGGAUCCAGAUAAACCUGCAGAGAAGGAUGAGGGUCACCGGCCUGAUAACGCAGGGAGCCAAACGGAUCGGCAGCCCAGAAUACGUCAAGUCGUACAAGGUGGCCUUCAGCGAUGACGGCAAGACAUGGAACAUGUAUAAAGUCAAGGGCACGGAUGAGGACAUGAUAUUCCGCGGAAACAUCGAUAACAACACGCCGUCUGCUAACUCCUUCACUCCGCCCAUCGAAGCCCAGUACGUGCGGAUUUACCCGCAGGUCUGCAGACGCCACUGCACCCUCAGGAUGGAGCUGCUGGGCUGCGAGCUCACAGGCUGCUCGGAGCCACUGGGGAUGAAGACAGGCCACAUCCAGGAUUAUCAAAUCUCGUCGUCCAGUGUCUUUCAGACCCUCAACAUGGACAUGUUCUCCUGGGAGCCAGGCAAGGCCAGACUGGACAAGCAGGGCAAAGUGAACGCGUGGACAUCGGGCCAUAAUGACCAGUCACAGUGGCUGCAGGUCGAUCUGCUCAUCCCUACGAAAGUCACUGGCAUCAUCACCCAAGGAGCCAAAGACUUUGGGCAUGUCCAGUUUGUGGGCUCUUACAAGCUGGCAUUCAGCAACGAUGGAGAAAGAUGGGCUGUAUAUCAGGACCAAAAGCAGAAGAAGGAUAAGAUUUUCCAAGGAAACUUCGACAACGAGACGCAUAGAAAGAAUGUGAUCGAGCCGCUCAUCUACGCCCGCUUCCUGCGGAUUCUUCCGUGGUCGUGGUAUGGGCGGAUCACCUUGCGGGUCGAGUUGCUGGGAUGCACGGAAGAAGACUAAACAACUCCCC